AUGGCCCUCUUCACAAGAGCCAGCAGUCAUCCAAACACCACCAACCCCAUUCCCUGUGGAGCAGACAACACUACGGAGCCUUACCUGCCACACUCACAUGCCUACUACGCCCUCUGCUACUGCAUCUUGAUUCUGGCCAUCAUCUUUGGGAACGUCCUGGUCUGCUUAGCUGUGCUGAGGGAACGUGCUCUGCAAACCACAACAAACUACCUGGUGGUGAGCCUGGCGGUGGCGGACUUGCUGGUGGCUAUUUUGGUGAUGCCAUGGGUGGUGUACCUGGAGGUGACCGGAGGAGUCUGGACCUUCAGCCGUAUCUGCUGUGAUAUCUUCGUCACCAUGGAUGUAAUGAUGUGCACAGCCAGUAUAUUAAACCUCUGUGCUAUCAGCAUUGACAGAUACACCGCAGUGGUGAAACCAGUUCAGUACCAGAACAGCACUGGGCAGAGCUCCUGCAGGAGGGUGUCUCUCAUGAUCGUGAUAGUCUGGAUGCUGGCAUUCGCAGUGUCAUGCCCUCUCCUCUUUGGCUUCAAUACUACAGGGGAUCCCACUGUCUGUUCCAUAUCCAACCCUAGUUUCAUCAUCUACUCCUCUUUGGUGUCCUUCUACCUUCCCUUCCUGGUGACCCUGCUGCUCUAUGUCCGGAUUUACCUCGUGCUAAGACAGAGACAAAAGAAGCGAACCCUCACCCGGCAGGGCAGCCACAGCGCCAGCACCAAACUGUGUUAUACACACAAAGAACACUUGGAGAGAAAAGCUUUGUCAAGCAGAUGCCAAGGCACCUUUUCCUCCUGUCUCCCACUCAAAUGCUCAGGCCAGGAGAUGUCUACCAAAAGGAAGCUGCUGACUAUCCUCAGCCUGCAGCGGUACCGCAGCUUCUGCCAUGAGGCAUCCCUCACCAAGACACCCAGGAGCACACAGCACAGCAGGCUGGAAGACAGGAGUACCACCAAGCCAGGACUGGAGGUACGGAGGCUCAGCAAUGGCAAGACCAUCAGCUCUUUGAAACUAACACACCAGCAGCCCCGGCUGAUCCAGCUUCGGGAGAGGAAGGCUACACAGAUGCUAGCUAUCGUCCUGGGAGCAUUCAUAGUCUGCUGGCUGCCCUUCUUCUUGAUUCACAUCCUCAACACCCACUGCCCAUCCUGCCAUGUGCCCCCAGGGCUUUACAGUGCCAGCACCUGGCUCGGCUACGUGAACAGCGCCCUCAACCCCAUCAUCUACACGACCUUCAACACCGACUUCCGCAAAGCCUUCCUCAAGAUCCUCUGCUGCUAACCACGGGGCUGGCACCAGCCUGCAUGGGCUGCAGUUUGUGGUACAAGUGCUCCCCACUUCUGGGGAAGGAGGAGAAGACACAGAAGCAAAC